AUGAUGAUCCAAUCAAACAGGAAUGCCGUCUUCCGGACCCAGCUCCUGCAACCUGGAUUUCGUGAGUGGAAAGACGACGAAAUCCUUCGCCAGGUUCUUGAAGCAGAGAAAGGAUUGACAGGCUUCGUCGAUCCAAGACAUAAUAUUGCCUUCUGGGCACGUCCACCGCAGCAUAUCCGAGACUUGGUCUACAAUAUCCAGCAGGAGGUUGCUCCCUUAGCUGGACCAGGCCUCUGGCUUGUCCCAUCAGAUUAUCUGCACAUGACUACACUCGAAAUUAGAUCUGAACUGACAGGAUCUGAUGUUGAUGAGAUCUGCUCUUCUCUUGAGCAGAGUGGGUCUCUCCAAGAGCUGAUAAACUACACCCUUACCCACCGGGCCCGACUAGUCAAGCCAAUAGUCAGCAUUGAUACUUCUGCUAUUGCUUUGAGCUUUCUUCCAGCAGCUGGCGACGAGGAAAUUAGCCCGUAUAGUGGAAAAGAUGAUACAUUUACGUAUCACCACCUGCGGCGCGAUCUCUACGAUAUCGUGACUCGUUCUGGCUGUUCAAUCGCAGCUCGAUAUACGCUCCCAUCUGCACAUAUCACUAUUGCUCGUUUUGUUCGGACUGAUGGUUCGCAAGAGGACCCGAGGACAACUGGGACGUAUGCUGCAAACCUCGUUUCCAAGAUCGACGACAUCAAUGAGAAGCUUGACUCGAGUGAGAAUGCGUUCAAUGCAGAAUGGGUGAUUGGGCAUGAGAAGGGGCUGGACUUGAUGAAAGGUCGGACGUGGCAACAAGGGCAUAAUGACUCAGCACCACUUGGCGAUUUACCCAAAGCGGCUAGCGCCAACCCGAUAGGGCCUAAGCGAGCACAAUCCCACAACCCAACAAUCGAUCUUGCUCUCCUCCGACAAGCGACAAUCCAACGACCACCACCCAGCUAUCCGGCCAAGUCAGUCAAAAUGGUCAACAUCCCCAAAACCCGCCGGACGUACUGCAAGUCCAAGGACUGCCACAAGCACACCCAGCACAAGGUCACCCAGUACAAGGCUGGCAAGGCCUCCCUCUUCGCCCAGGGUAAGCGCCGUUACGACCGGAAGCAGAGUGGUUACGGUGGUCAGACCAAGCCCGUCUUCCACAAGAAGGCCAAGACCACCAAGAAGGUUGUUCUGCGUCUUGAGUGCACUUCUUGCAAGACCAAGAAGCAGCUCGCCCUGAAGCGCUGCAAGCACUUCGAGCUGGGUGGUGACAAGAAGACCAAGGGUGCUGCUCUUGUCUUCUAA